UUUUCUAUGCUCUGCAAUUUUGGGUUCCAUUCAUUAUCUGCUUUCUUUUUUCACCAUGCACUCUACCAUUAUUCUCUCUCUAUCUCUCCCAAAAGCACCCAAGAUUCCGGAAACCAAAUGUGAAAACCCCAAACUUGUUAAUUUAUCAAAAAAUCACUUGUUUUGCAUUUAGUACUAUUAUCUUCCCUAACAAACGUAGUGCCGUGACUUGAGCUUUUUCAAAAAAGUAUUGUCAUUAUUAAUUUCUUCUCCUUCACCAUCAUAUUCUUCCUUGUUGUAAUAAAAUGUCAAACUGCAUUGCUUGAUUUUCAGUGAUCCUAUUGCGCCAUUAAUAGUGUUGUUGAGCUGCUUGAUGAAUUAAUUUAUUUCUGGGACUACAGGUCUACAAUCAUCAUCAAUUCAUUAACUGAUUGUAUUCAGGCAUAGCCUGACCUUUUGAUCUGGCUCCGGAUCAACUACUGCUUCAAAUUCAUUAAUUUCUAGUAGCUUACCUUAAAAGUCAGAGUGUGUUGCAGCUGGUUAAUAGAGUUAUCUUUGUGCAUCCGGAAAAUGAAGUUCAUGAAACUCGGAAGCCGUCCAGACACGUUCUUCACCGAGGAGGCAACUAGGGCUGUGAUGUCUGAUGUACCAAGUGAUCUCACCAUCAAGAUUAACAACAUCAGUUAUCUUCUCCACAAGCUGCAGUACCCUCUUCUCCCCAAGUGCGGGCUGCUGCAGCGCCUCUACUCGGAGGCAGACGACGCCACUCUCGAGCUACACGACAUCCCGGGAGGAGGAGAGGCCUUCGAGCUCUGCGCCAAGUACUGCUACGGCAUCACCAUCAACCUCAGCGCCCACAACUUAGUCCCAUCUCUCUGCGCGGCUAAGUUCCUCCGCAUGACUGAGGCCGUUGAGCCCGGCAACUUGCUCAUCAAACUCGACUCCUUCUUCUCCUCCUGCAUCCUCCAAAGCUGGAAAGACUCCAUCGUCACGCUCAACAGCACCUACAGCCUCUUCGACUGGUCUCAGAGCCUCGGCAUUGUCAGAAGAUGCAUAGACUCCAUCGUUGACAAGAUCCUCACGCCUCCAAACAAGGUCACAUGGUCUUACACCUACACCAGGCCGGGAUACGACAAGACGCGGCGCCACCAGUCCGUGCCAAGGGACUGGUGGACGGAGGACGUAUCUUUCCUCAACGUCGACAUGUUCCGAUGCAUCCUCGCGGCCAUCAAGUCCGCCAACGCCCUCCAGCCGCAGCUCAUAGGGGAGGCUCUCCACGUCUACGCGUCUCGCUGGAUGCCAGAGAUCGCGCGCGAUGAUGACGAGGCCUCCACUUCUCGAGAAGACGAGGCCAAGCGUCGCCUCCUCGAGACUGUUGUGAGCCUCAUCCCGGCUGAGAGAGGGUCUGUCUCCUUCAGGUUCCUCCUAAGGCUCCUGAGCUUUGCCAAAGUCGUGGCAGCGUCGCCUGCGACGAAGGCCGAGCUGCUGAGGGUGGCGGGCCAGCAGCUCGAGGAGGCGACGUUGAACGAUCUGCUGCUGCUUCCUGGUCGAUCAGGUGAUGAGAGCUUGUACGAUGUGGAACUGAUUCAGACGGUUUUGGAGAGUUUCCUGAGGCAGUGGAAGAGACAAGUCCCCAUUGAUGAGAGGGAAUCCAUGAAAUCAAUAUGUAAGAUUGGGAAGCUCAUUGACUACUAUCUGCAAGUGGUGGCCAGAGACGCCGGCAUGACGGUUCAGAAAAUGACGUCGCUGGCCGAGACACUGCCGGGAAUCGCACGCCCCGACCACGACCAUCUCUAUAAGGCGAUCAACAUUUAUCUCAAGGAGCAUCCUGAUCUGAGCAAAGCAGAUAAGAAGCAGCUCUGUCGCGUUUUGGACUGCCAGAAGCUGUCGCCGGAGAUAUGCGGCCAUGCUGUGAGGAACGAGCGGCUGCCGCUGAGAACUGUGGUGCAGGUUCUCUACUAUGAACAUGAGAAAGCAAACUCUAACGCCUGCAGAAAGCAGGCGUCUCCGGAUGAGACAGAGAGAGGCGUGCCUAGCACCAGCAGAGUUCACGAAAAAUCGAAUCUGUUGAGACCAGAACCGAGUUUUAAGGUGAGAGGAGAAGUCGCGGAAAGCAAAAAUGGCAGGGCUUCUGUGGUUGAGCUGAAUUCGAGAGAGAAGGCGUUGAUCAGAAGAAUAUCGCACAAGUCACACAGCUAAGUCUAUGGCAGAGGGACAUUGCCAUCCACACACUAUAUAAUUUGUGUAAUUAUGCACCUGUAAAUGGAAUGUAAGCACCAUUAUAUGUGUAAAUCUGAUUCUUUGUUGCUCGGUGAAUUGCCUCUCUACAUGAUUGAUUUAUCUAUCAACUCUGCAACAUUUCUCUCGACA